AAAGUUUACAUGUGCAACGUCACGAAAGGAACACAGUUGAAACGUAAACUCCCAAAGAAAACAUACAUUUCUGCGUGACAUGUGCAUGAUUUAACGUUUCAUUUAGCGGUUUUAAUUAAACAGGAUACAAUGCAGAUGCUUUGAAUGCAUAUCGAGCCGUACAGUAGUAGGUGGUCAUUUUUUAAACUUUGAGUUACGAAUUCGCAGCGGAGCUAGCGAGCUAACGUUAGUUUGCUAGCCAUGGAUCCGCUAGACAUAGUAAUGGACGAAGUGGCGUUGGAGGGACUGGACGGGGUUACUAUCCUCUCUCUGUGGAUUCGGUUGGAAAAGAGGAACCCUGCUUUCCCACGGAAUCUAGACUCGUACACUAAAGAGUUCAUUUGGAAAUCCUUGGUAUCGAACCACGAAGUCAACUUCUACGAGCUGCCGCAAGAGAGAGCGGAUGUCUUGCUCGUCGACAGGUUUGCAGACAUAGAUCCUGACACAGGGAUUCAGGAAGCAUCCUGUUGGGACAGAGUGGACUCCUACCCUGUCCAGGUCUUAUUGGAUGAUAAGAGUGGAAUCCAGGGCUCGUGUGUCUUCUUCAAGGAGAGGAGAAACGUCACCCCACUCAUCCGCACCACCAACCUGACGCCAUGUGUAACGUUAGAGGACGCCUUUAAAAGGACGGACCCGAGGAAGUUGCACUACUUGAGGAAGUCUCUGACGCAGAAUGAUCUGAUCACCAUGCAGUCUCAUGUCCUCAGACUGGCCAGCGGAGGACAGCAACACUCCAUACUGCUGCUGCUCAAACGCUUCCACGUAGACCGGCGCAGUAAGUAUGAUAUCCUGAUGGAGUUGACCUCUAACCUCCUGUCAGAGGCGCCCAACCACAUAGCCUCCAUGAUCACACUACGAGACCAACUGAGUAUCAGUGAGAAGACCUUCAAGCGUAUGUAUCAGUACAUGCAAGCCGCCAAACUGGUCCAAGUGGUCAUUAAACCUGUUGAACACCUCAACCCUACAGUAGGACCAUGUGACACCAGGAGAGGCACCAAGGUAGUGGCUCGCUGUCUGAAGCUAAUCAAACCCUACGUGAGGAAGGAGGUGGUCGAGGAUGACGAUGAUAACGACGACGAUGAUGGGGGAGGAGCAAAUAGGAAGACCGUCCCCACAGAGGGGCGGAUCAUGGAGAGAGACUUGCUCUCACAGGCCUAUGGGAUCAUCGUGUCCUGCGGGACCAAGGGCAUCUCUCAGAGUGCACUGCGUGCGAGGAUGUGCAUCGGCAAUCUGGAGUCUCGUAUGAUCUGCCGACUGCUGGAGAGGACAGACAUGAUCAAGGGGUUCAUGGAAGACGAGGGUCGUCAGAGGACCACUAAGUACCUCGGCCAUAUGCAUGUAGAUGAGUCCGAUCUGCUUCAACAUCUAGUUAAAGAGCAGGAGCGAUCAGACAGGCUUCGCGCUGGAGGGGGAGGAGGGGAAGGAGAGGGGGUCCCCAAAACCCCAGCACAGGCCACCCCAAAAACACCAGCUACCCCAAAGACUCGGCCUACCCCAAAAACACCAGCUACCCCAAAGACUCGGCCUACCCCAAAAACACCAGCUACCCCAAAGACUCGGCCUACCCCAAAAACCCCAUCGCUUCUGGAACCUCUGGGAGACACUGAGGGAGAGGAGGAGGAGGAGAGAGAGAGGGAUGAGGAAGACAAAGACUGGGAAGUCAAGAAGAAAGGGAAGAAGGGAGCGAAGAAGAAAAAUGCAAAAGAAAAGAAAGUGGGCAAGAUGUCUCUCCUGAAGCAGUCCAAACUCAACUUCCUGGUACCUCAUCACUCUACACCCAUCACGAGUAAGACCACACCCCCUACCAAAGGUGGAGCCAAUCAGGAGCCAGAGCUGGAGUCUACGCUCAGCCCAGAGGAGGAGUCAAAAUUCUGUCCUGACGUUUCAUUGGACCAGACGGGGAGUAUGUUCGAAGGCAACAGCCAAGCAGGGAACAGCGUCACGGUCGUCGAGGAGAUCCCCAGUCAGAAGGAGCACCAACGCCAGACGUACCGCCUGCUGAAGAGGAAGAACGUGAUUGUGGAAGCUGUCCAGAGCCUCAAGAUCAUAGAGGGCCUCUUCACAAUCCAGAGGUUGGUUCAGGAUGAGGAGAAGCUAGAGGGUGUGAUCACCAAGUGUUGUAAGAAGUCUAUCCUGCGUCUCAUCAGAUCUCUGUCUAAAGAGGGAAUGCUCAAACUGUUCAGAACCACUGUUAUACAGGACGGAGUCAGCAAGAAGGUGGAGUUUAUAGUCCACCCCUCUGUCUCUCCUAGUGAUGCUGUAGUGAAGUCGGCUAUAGAACAGGUCCGCUUCCGCAUCUCCAGCUCCUACCCUGCUGCACGUAAUGAAAUGCAGGAGGAGGAGAAGGCUAAGGAGAGAGAGAGGAGCAGUGUGGGAAAUGAGGUCCCUGCUGAACCCCAGAAUAUGACAACAGAGGACAAAGACAAACAACUGAAGACCUUCAAACCUUCUAUAGUCCCAGGUCUCAGCAGGUCUUUGGGGUACCAGCCUAAGAUGCCACGUCUGAGACUGACACACACCUUCUUGUGGUAUCUGGUCUACGGACACCCCCUGAGACACCCCUCUACCCCCUCUACCGCCACUCCCCCUGACCUCCACAACACCCCCAGCUCUAUCGUCCUCCCCACUGAUAACCCUGGUGUCCAGACGACCUACCCCACCACCCCCGGUAACCCCUCACAACCCCAAACUACACACCCUGACGACACCCAUCCUUCUAGCUCUGAAAACACAGACCUCACCACCUCAACCCCCCGAAACACAGACUCCCCCGAUCCCCAGAACUCGGACCUCCCCGACACCCAGAACUCGGACCUCCCCGACACCCAGAACCCACCCACUGACAACGCUGCAGUAAGUGACCCCGCCUCCACAGAGGGCCAGCCAGGCCUGCCCACUGACCCGGAAGUGAUGUCAUCGUUGGCGGAGGAAGGGCAGGAGGGGAUCAAUCUGACAGAUGUCGGACACGACCCUGACAUGAAAGGUACAUUACAGAAAUAUUUGAAUUAAUGCUAACCUCCCUUGUUAUUGG